GACACCUUACAGUCAUUUCUGCAGAACUUCCAUACAAACAAACUCGGGUUUUUUUCCUUCAAGCUGGCAGAGGCCAUGGGACAAGAAGAAAGUCACAAUGAGGAGAUGGACUUGGCACGGAUUCAUGAGCUGUGUGUCAUUUUUAUGAAGGAGUGUCCAAGCGGUGCCCUGCACCUGCAUGAGUUCAAGAAGAUCUUUGGAGUCCCAAGCAGUUCUGUAGAGGAGUCCCUUUUCAUAGAAACAAUAUUCAACUCGUUCGACACAAACAAGGAUAACACACUGGAUUUCCUCGAGUAUGUGGCAGCACUUCACUUGAUUUUACGAGGUAAUCUUGAAGAUCGGCUCAAGUGGUCCUUCAAGAUGUAUGACAAUGAUGGAAACGGCAGGCUGGACAGGACGGAGGUGAAACGGCUUGUCAGGAUUCUUUACAAAAUCAAACUCCACAAGACUCACAUAAGCAUGACUCCAUCCCAAAUCUGUGACCGAAUCUUCGAGCUGGUUGACCAGAAUAAUGAUGGUGAGAUAACCUUGUUGGAGUUCAUGGAGGGAGCUCAGAAGGAUGAAUGGGUCAUGAACCUACUGAAGCUUGAUGUCAACGCCACCGGCUGGGUCAUUCAGAACUGCGGCAGACUGGAAUCAGCCACAUGAUUUAUUUGGAGGCCGACAGAGUGGUGCUGUCUACAUACCUGAGGUUUAAAAGUUUGCCUUUGUCUCCACGUUCAUCUCCCUGCAACUUGGAGCUGGAGCACAGCGCGCUGUUUCAUAGGUGCAGUUCAGCAGGGGUGGUUGGUCCAACAGUCCAACAGGCAUUGCUUUGUGUCUGUGCUCUGAGCUUCUUAUCAGACUUAUUUUUCAAAAUGUCAAAACUGGAAAAAAAUAGCACUUAGCUUCAGGCAGACUCCAUGUCAUUUCACUGGACAAUAUCAAAAAACAGGUGAAAAGAAAAAGAAGAGAAGAAAUAGAACAAAAAGAAAAAAAACGUGUGCAAUGAUUAUUACAUUCUUAGAUCCAUAAUUGUUACCCAUGCAGGAUCAUAUCUUAUAAAUAUAUUUAUACAGAGAGACAGAGUUAAUUUACACUGUCAACAAAAAACU